CGCCGGUACCUUACCGCACAUACUUUUCAGACAUUCUUCGGUGAACCUCAUAAAGUCUUGAAAUUCAACAACAGCGGAUAGACCACACCACCAGAGAACUAUGUCUCCACCACGGCUUACAGGUGCACUACGAUCUUUCUCUAAUGUCAGCAAGAAAGAAGACUUCAUUGAUCAGGUCUACGAUUUGAAGACAAAGCGUCGAAAGAAACAGGAGCUGUUUGCCAGGGAGGGCUUGACAUGGCAGAAGAUCGUCCAGUUUUGCUCACAGCAUCUGGAGAAGGCAGAGCAGCAGGCUGCCACUCAAGAAUUGAAGAGUGUCUUUCGAGCAGCCAAACUGAUUGUGGGGGCUGAACAUGGUCAGGAGGCCAUUGAAAGUGCUGCUGUCUUUCUUUUUGAGACAUUCCACAAUAAAGACUAUGUGGGUACUGAAGAGACAAGAGCUAUCAAGCACAUGUUUGGCGCCUUCCCAGCUUCAUCUGCUGAAGCCUCCUGUGCUGCUGUGGCACGGGUCAUGGAUUUGCUUGGAGAGUCCCUGGUGGAAAACUUUUUCCGGGAACAUAGUGGCCCCAACCCCCAAUGUGGCCCCACCUUUGGAAACAACAUCACCUUCUCCUAUGACAGCUAUACCCUUGACCCACUUGAAACCCUGUCCUGGGAUGGGGGUUUUGAGGAGAAAGUUGAACUUGGCUUUAACAGCAUCUUCAGUGAUCACCUGGCAGGGAGUGUUGGGGUCCAGACUUAUGGGUCUGGGUCUGAGGUUUCUGCUCCCGAUUCUGUGGAUGGAGCCAUCCUAAGGGCAGAGGUGGAAAAGUACCUGAGUGCGGGGAACAUGAUUUCAUCUAGUCUAGAGGAGCUAUGUACCUCGCUGUUUGAGAUGUUGACCUCCCACAAGAGUGACGACGAGCUGCAAAAUGAGCUGUUUGAGCUGCUGGGCCCAGAGGGAUUCGAGAUGAUCUCAACCCUUCUCCAGCGAAGGGCAGCCAUCGUUGACUCACUUCUCUCCAUGCCACCUGACAGACUCAGCUACCCACCAGAUGGCAGCCGUAAAGCUACUGGGGAGAUGAGCAAACCCACCUAUGGCUGCCAGGUGACCAUCCAGUCGGAGCAGGAGAAGCAGAUGAUGAAGAUGUAUCGCAGGGAGGAGAAGAGAGAGAGGAAGAGAGGGAAAGGAGUAGAAGAUAUUGACUACUCAGAUGCUGGCUUCACCUUUGACCCCAAAGAGAUGAGGGCACAGAGGGAGCAGGCCUUGUUGACUGCUCGCCGGGAACCGAUGCUAAGCAGGGAGAGAGUGUAUAAACGUAUCCGUUACCCCAAUGUCUACGACAGUUAUGCUGAGGCCACAAAGACCCCUGCUUUUGUAGGAGGAGCUAAGAUGCUGCUGCCAGAGGGUAUCCACAGAGAGAACACUAAGAUGUAUGAAGAGGUGGAGAUUCCACCCAAUGAACCAAUGCCUGUCGACUUCGAGGAGAAACCCAUCUACAUCUCAGAGCUGGAUGAGGUAGGGCAGCUGGUGUUCAAGGGGAUGAAGCGUCUGAACAGAAUCCAGUCCAUCGUCUUUGAGACUGCCUAUAAUACCAACGAGAACCUUCUAGUCUGUGCCCCUACUGGUGCUGGCAAGACCAAUAUUGCCAUGCUCACCGUCCUUCACGAGAUCCGACAGCACCUGCAGCCUGGCGGUGUCAUCAAAAAGGAUGAAUUCAAGGUAGUUUAUGUGGCUCCUAUGAAAGCCUUAGCAGCUGAGAUGACUAAUUACUUCAGUAAGCGAUUGGAGCCACUAGGCAUCGCUGUCAAAGAACUCACUGGGGACAUGCAGCUAACCAAGGGAGAGAUCUUACGCACACAGAUGUUGGUGACCACACCAGAGAAGUGGGAUGUAGUAACCAGGAAGAGUGUUGGAGAUGUGGCCCUCUCCCAGAUCGUCCGUCUGCUCAUACUUGAUGAAGUGCACCUUCUUCACGAAGACAGAGGACCCGUCUUGGAGAGCCUGGUGGCUAGGACCAUAAGACAGGUGGAGUCCACUCAGAGUAUGAUCAGGAUCUUGGGACUGUCGGCCACGCUGCCAAACUACCUGGAUGUUGCCUCCUUCCUGCACGUCAACCCCUACAUCGGCCUUUUCUUCUUUGAUGGACGCUUCAGGCCGGUCCCCCUGGGGCAGACCUUCGUUGGCAUCAAAACCACCAACAAGAUUCAGCAACUUCAUGACAUGGAUGAGGUGUGUUAUGACAAGGUUCUGGAACAGAUCAGAGCUGGCCAUCAGGUGAUGGUGUUCGUCCAUGCUCGUAAUGCCACAGUUAGGACUGCCAUGGGGCUGAUUGAGACGGCAAAGAACCGUGGGGAGACCUCCUUCUUCCAACCAGACCAGGGUCCAGACUAUGGCCAGUGUGAGAAACAGAUCCAGCGCUCCAGAAACAAGCAGAUGAAGGAGAUGUUCCCAGAAGGCUUUGGGAUCCAUCAUGCUGGUAUGCUGCGGUCGGACCGCAGCCUAAUGGAGAGCAUGUUCUCUCGAGGUUACCUUAAGGUCUUGGUCUGUACUGCCACACUGGCCUGGGGAGUCAACCUGCCAGCCCAUGCAGUCAUCAUCAAGGGCACUCAGAUCUAUGAUGCAAAACGUGGCACCCUGGUGGAUCUGGGCAUUCUGGACGUGAUGCAAAUCUUUGGGCGUGCCGGGCGUCCUCAGUUUGACAAGUAUGGCGAGGGUACCAUCAUCACCACCCACGACAAGCUGAGCCAUUAUUUAACCCUGCUUACCCAGCAGAACCCUAUCGAGAGCAAGUUCCUGGAGAGCCUGGCUGACAACCUUAAUGCUGAGAUUGCCCUGGGGACUGUCGCCAAUGUGGAGGAGGCAGUAAAAUGGCUGAGUUAUACUUACCUGUAUGUACGCAUGAGAGCUAACCCACUGGUAUAUGGCAUCAACCAUAAGGCUUACCAGAUGGAUCCUGCCUUGGAGCUGUACAGGAAAGAGUUGGUGGUGGAAUCUGGCAGGAAGUUGGACAAAGCCAGGAUGAUCCGCUUUGAGGAGCGCACAGGUUACUUUGCUUCCACAGACUUAGGCAGGACUGCGAGUCACUUCUACAUCAAAUACAACACAAUAGAGACGUUCAAUGAGCAUUUCAACUCACAAAGAACGGAGGGUGACAUCCUCAGUAUUGUGUCCAAGGCUGAGGAGUUUGAGCAGGUCAAGGUGCGUGAUGAGGAAAUGGAGGAGCUGGAGCAGCUGCUGUGUAAUUACUGUGAGCUACCGGCUGCAGGAGGUGUGGAGAACAGCUAUGGCAAGAUCAACAUUCUGCUGCAGACCUUCAUUGGCCGAGGAGAAGUGGACAGUUUCUCUCUGAUCUCAGACCUCUCUUAUGUGGCACAGAAUGCUGCCCGGAUUGUCAGGGCCUUGUUUGAAAUCGCCUUGAGGAAGCGCUGGCCAGCAAUGACCUACCGUCUGCUCACCCUAUGUAAGGUGAUUGACAAGCGGCUGUGGGGCUUUGCCCAUCCUCUGCGCCAGUUCUCCACCCUUCCCCCUACAGUGCUGGGGCGCCUGGAAGAGAGGAAACUUACUGUGGACAAGCUCAAAGAAAUGAGGAAGGAUGAGAUUGGUCACAUGCUGCACCACGUCAACAUUGGUUUAAAGGUCAAACAGUGUGUUCACCAGAUCCCCGCUAUCAUGAUGGAGGCCAACAUCCAGCCGAUCACACGCACCGUCCUCCGCGUGCGCCUUAUCAUUACCCCGGACUUCAGGUGGAACGACCAGGUGCAUGGAUCUGUUGGAGAGCCAUGGUGGCUGUGGGUGGAGGAUCCUAUCAAUGAUCACAUCUACCAUUCAGAGUACUUCCUCCUGCAGAAGAAACAGGUGGUGACAGGAGAGCCCCAGCAUGUUGUUUUCACUAUCCCCAUCUUUGAGCCAAUGCCGUCACAGUACUACAUCAGAGCCGUGUCUGACCGCUGGCUCGGAGCAGAGGCCGUCUGCGUCAUCAACUUCCAGCACCUCAUCCUGCCUGAAAGACACCCCCCUCACACAGAACUGUUGGACCUGCAGCCGUUGCCAGUGACAGCUCUGGGUAAUCGGAGGUACGAGAGCCUGUACAAGUUCACCCAUUUCAACCCCAUCCAGACGCAGAUCUUCCACACGCUGUACCACACUGACACCAACGUCCUGCUGGGGGCGCCAACGGGCUCUGGCAAAACCAUCGCUGCAGAGAUGGCAAUGUUUCGUGUCUUCAACAAGUAUCCCACGUCUAAGGUGGUGUAUAUUGCCCCUCUGAAAGCCCUGGUGAGGGAGAGGAUUGAGGACUGGAAGAUCAGGAUAGAGCAGAAACUUGGGAAGCAGGUCGUGGAGCUGACGGGUGACGUGACCCCAGACAUGAGAGCUAUAGCCCAGGCCGAUCUCAUAGUCACCACACCAGAGAAGUGGGACGGCGUUAGUCGCAGCUGGCAGAACCGCAGCUAUGUCCAGAAAGUAGCCAUCCUCAUCAUUGAUGAGAUCCACCUGCUCGGGGAGGACAGAGGUCCUGUGCUUGAGGUUAUUGUGUCCAGGACCAAUUUUAUCUCUUCUCAUACCUCCAAGAGUGUACGUGUGGUGGGCCUAUCAACUGCACUUGCCAACGCAAGAGACCUGGCAGACUGGUUGGGAAUAGGACAGGUGGGCUUGUUUAAUUUUCGCCCCUCUGUGCGUCCUGUGCCCCUGGAGGUUCACAUCCAUGGUUUCCCAGGACAGCACUACUGCCCCCGCAUGGCCAGCAUGAACAAGCCGGCCUUCCAAGCGAUUCGCAGCCAUUCCCCUGCCAAGCCGGUGCUUAUCUUUGUGUCAUCCCGGCGACAAACACGUUUGACCGCUUUGGACCUGAUAGCUUAUCUGGCCACUGAAGAUGACCCCAAGCAAUGGCUGCAUCAGGAUGAAAGAGAGAUUGAGGCCAUCAUUGCCACAGUGAGGGACUCCAACCUGAAGCUCACACUGGCAUUCGGGAUUGGCAUGCACCAUGCCGGCUUGCAUGAAAGAGACAGAAGGACCGUUGAGGAACUGUUUGUUAAUUGCAAGAUCCAAGUGUUGAUUGCCACCAGCACUCUUGCCUGGGGGGUGAACUUUCCUGCACACCUGGUGAUUGUCAAGGGGACAGAAUACUAUGAUGGAAAAACCAGGCGUUAUGUGGACUAUCCUAUAACAGAUGUUCUGCAGAUGAUGGGCAGAGCAGGCAGGCCUCAGUUUGAUGACCAGGGUAAAGCUGUCAUACUGGUCCAUGAUAUCAAGAAAGACUUCUACAAAAAGUUCCUGUAUGAACCUUUCCCUGUGGAGUCCAGUCUCUUAAGUGUGCUAUCGGACCACUUGAAUGCUGAGACGGCUGCAGGGACCAUCACCUCCAAGCAGGAUGCAAUGGACUACAUCACCUGGACAUAUUUCUUCAGGAGACUGGUCAUGAAUCCCAGUUACUACAGCCUGGAGGACAUUAACCAUGAGACCAUCAAUAAGUACCUGUCCACCCUAGUGCAGAGGAGCCUGCGUGACCUGGAGUCCUCUUACUGCAUCGAGAUACAAGAAGAUGACCGGUCCAUCGAGCCGCUGACAUACGGUCGCAUUGCUUCCUACUACUACCUGAAGCACCAGACCAUCCGCAUGUUUAAAGAGCGGCUGAGGCCUGAGCUACCCAUCCAGGAGAUCCUCGCCAUCCUCACAGAUGCAGAGGAAUACGCAGAGCUGCCUGUCAGGCACAAUGAAGACCAGUUGAACAGCCAGUUGGCUCAGCAGCUCCCUCUGCCUGUCAACCCCCACUCCUUUGACAGUGCUCACACCAAGACUCACCUGCUGCUCCAGGCCCACUUCAGCCGGGCCCAGCUACCCUGCAGUGACUAUGGCACUGACACUAAGACUGUGCUGGAUAAUGCCAUCCGCAUCUGUCAGGCUAUGCUUGACGUAGCUGCCAAUGAGGGCUGGCUGGUGACAGCCCUCAGCGUCUGUAACUUGGUACAGAUGAUUGUCCAAGGCAGGUGGCUGCAUGACUCCUCAUUACUGACACUGCCACAUAUAGAGCAACAGGACCUCUAUCUGUUCAGGAGAUGGGAUAGCAAGAAGGGAAAGGGCAGAGCUGAAGGCUUCCAUGGACCAAUUGAAGGGCUGCCUGAGCUGAUCGCCACCUGCGAGGGGAGAGAGAGCACGUUUGCUGCUAUAGUGGGUCAGCAGCUUCUCUCCAGUCAGAUUGUCCAGGCCUGGUCUUUCCUCAGCCAUCUCCCUGUGGUGGAGGUUGGAAUGAGCAUAAAGGGCUGGUGGGAGGGGAACCAGGAGCAAACAGAGUGCCCCCUGCCUGCCGCAGGAGGGAACCUCAGAGAAGAAAAGAGCUGGCAGGACGUCCACGCCGACCAGGAGUACGUCCUCCAGGUCUCGCUGAGACGCAUCAACUUGGGCCAGCAGAGGAGGAAGCAGGACAGUAAGGCUCAGGCCCCCAGGUUCCCCAAGGCCAAAGAUGAGGGCUGGUUCCUGGUGCUGGGAGAAGUGGAUCAUAGAGAGCUACUGGCUGUCAAACGCAUUGGUUAUGUUCGCAACCAUAGUGCUGUUUCUCUGGCCUUUUACACACCGGAAAAGACCGGAAAGUGUAUCUACACGCUGUACCUGAUGAGCGACAGCUACCUGGGUCUGGACCAGCAGUACGACAUCCACCUGAAUGUGAAACCUGCUAGCAUUGCUGCACAGGUCGGAACGGAGGUGUGCGACACCAUGAGUGAGAUGUCUCUCAAGUGAAACACCAUGACAGAAAAACACCAAGCUCAACCGUGUCUCCGGCUGGCGUGGGCUGGAAUCAACGAGGAGCGGAUGGAGCGUGGCAUGGCAGUUUGGGAAGCUAGUCCAUUUGUAUCUCACCCUAUUAAUGGUGGAUUAGAUACUGACCAGACGAGCACUAAAAUGUUCUGUUUGAGCACUGUGGCCUUAUGGAUUUGACAAAAUGAGACAACAUGACAUAUUGAGGGCAUGGCCUUGCAGCGGACACGUUACAUCACCAUUUGUGAAUGCAUAUUGUUUUUUUCACUGCCCCGCCCUGACAUAUUGUAAGACGAUGUAUUGUAUUGUAUUGUGAGUCUGUAAUUCCCGAAUUCUUGGCAGAAAAUGGGUAAGAAGAAGAUAAUUAAGAGGUUUGUUUAUGGGGUUUUCUAGUUGGGAGAUCUAAUGUCUCAUUGAGACGUUGAGAUAAAAUAAGAGCGCACAAAGUGUAAUGGUCCGCACGGGGGGAAACAUGGCUUCAGUGUGUCGAACAGGGAAAAUGUGAUCUGGACUGGAAUCCUGUGCAGGUGUGUGAAACAUGCUUCCUGCUGUAGGGCCACACUUUAAGACUGCCAAAACGUCACAUCUGUUUUGUGAAAUAUAUCUCCUACUUCUUCCCAGAAUCCUCCAUGUUUACCCAGAAGUGUCUCCUUAGAAGCUGAUUGAACUGCCAUAGUCCCAGUCACAGAGGUACCAAAGAACCCAAAGAACCGGGGCCGUACGAUAAACAUGGGAGGUAGCACACCAACGAUUGUAUGUAAACAGGAUUUAUAUAGUUCCUAUUAUGGAACGGCUACCAAAAUUAUGUUUGAAGAAUGUGAUGAAAUUCAGCUGUUUAUUUGCUUUUUUCUUUUCUUGUUUUUUUCCACUGUUGUCUCCUGUAGUAGCAUCAGUUCUGUCUCGUGACUUCUUCUCAGAAUAAAAGUGCUUUGGAGAAAUAAAUUUUGUUUUGAGGAAAUAAAAAGUUGAA